AUGGCCUCGCUGGACCUGCCCUACCGGUGCCCGCGGUGCGGGGAGCACAAGCGCUUCCGCAGCCUCUCCUCGCUGCGGGCGCACCUGGAGUACAACCACACCUAUGAGACCCUCUACGUCCUCUCCAAGACCAACAGCAUCUGCGAUGCCGCCGUCUUCCCCCUGGCUGCUGACGGGGCCCUGCUGACGCCGGCCGCCCGGAGGGACUACUUUGAGAGCACCUCCUUCCAAGGCAAGGACCAGCGCUUCUCCUGCGACCUCGUCCCCGCCGAGGAGCUGGAGCCAGCCCCGUCCUCCUCCCCCACCCCCCGCUAUGUCCACGAGAUCGAGAUCCCUCUGACCGAAAUCUUCGCCCGGGGCAAAGCCGUGGCACCGGCCCCCACGCCGCCGGCCACUAUGGAUGCUGCCUACGAGGAAGGCCUGGCCCGCCUGAAGAUCCGUGCCUUCGAGAAGCUGGAGGUGGACAAGCGGCUGGAGAAGCUGACAGAGGAGGUGGAGCAGAAGAUCGCCUCGCAGGUGGGGCGGCUCCAGGUGGAGCUGGACCGCAAGAGCUCAGAGCUGGAGAAGGCCAAGCAGGAGAGCCUGCGGCUCAGCAGGGAGAAGCAGGAGCUGGAGGACCGGGCGUCAGAGCUGUCCCGCCAGGUGGAUGUCAGCGUGGAGAUGCUGGCCUCCCUCAAGCAGGACCUGGUGCAGAAGGAGCAGGAGCUCACCCGCAAGCAGCAGGAGGUGCUGCAGAUCGACCAGUUCCUGAAGGAGACAGCUGCCCGCGAGGCCAACGCCAAGGUCCGCCUCCAGCACUUCAUCGAGGAGCUGCUGGACCGGGCAGACAGGGCUGAGAAGCAGCUUCAGAUCAUCAGCAGCAGUUGUGGCACCACCCCAAACGGCAGCCUGGGACGCUGUGGCACACCAGGGCCCAAGGCCAUCGGCCGACCGGUACCCCCACGGGCACAGAGAGACCGACACCCAGGACCGGGAGUGGCCAUUCAUGGUCCUUACCUGGUGUCCAACCAGCGCUCCUCCUCCAGCACUGGGGCCUCAAGCCGGGUGAAAGCCGUUUCGCAGAGCUCAGGCUGCUACGACAGCGACAGCGCAGAGCCGUGUCCCACCGACGACACCACCGAUGGGCAUCCCUACCAGGCACGGGACGGGGCCCGCGGCUCGGGGCUGCGCCGCCAGGCCAUCCAAAACUGGCACCGCCGGCCCUACCGCAACAGCACCGAGGGAGAGGAGGGAGACGUCUCCGACGUGGGGUCCCGCACCACCGAGUCAGAAGCGGAGGGCUGGGAGCCGGAGGCGCCUGGAUCUGCCGCGUCCCGGCCCAGCGGCAGCUGCCGGCUGACGGUGGCAACCGAUGGUAGGUGUUCUGCAGCCAGGACCGAGGCUGCUGGGGGCAAGGUGUGCCGGCUGGAGAGGGGCAGCCCCGGGCACUCCAGCGAGGUGAUCAGCCCCGAGAUCCUCAAGAUGCGGGCGGCUCUGUUCUGCAUCUUCACCUACCUGGACACCAAGACCCUGCUGCGGGCGGCCGAGGUGUGCAAGGACUGGAAGUUCGUGGCCCGGCACCCGGCCGUGUGGACACGGGUGCUGCUGGAGAACGCCAGGGUGUCCUCCAAGUUCCUGGCUAUGCUGUCACAGUGGUGUACCCAGAUGCACUCCCUCACCCUCCAAAACCUCAAGCCACGCCAGCGAGGGAAGAAGGAGAGCAAGGAGGACUACAUGAAGAGCACACGGGGCUGCCUGGAAGCUGGGCUGGAGUCCCUGCUGAAGGCGACGGGCAGCAACCUGCUGAUCCUGCGCAUCUCGCACUGCCCCAACGUGCUGACCGACCGCUCGCUCUGGCUGGCCAGCUGCUACUGCCGGGCCCUGCAGGCUGUCACCUACCGGAGCUCAACAGACCCCGUGGGUCAUGAAGUCAUCUGGGCCCUUGGAGCAGGUUGCAGGGACAUCAUCUCCCUCCAGGUUGCACCUCUGCAUCCAUGCCAGCAGCCGACACGUUUCAGCAACCGCUGCCUCCAGAUGAUCGGCCGCUGCUGGCCACACCUGCGGGCGCUGGGCGUUGGGGGCGCAGGCUGCGGCGUCCAGGGACUGGCAUCCUUAGCCCGCAACUGCAUGCGGCUCCAGGUCCUGGAGCUGGACCACGUGGCGGAGAUCAACCAGGAGGUUGCAGCAGAGGUGUGCCGAGAAGGGCUGAAGGGGCUGGAGAUGCUGGUGCUGACCUCCACGCCAGUCACCCCCAAAGCCCUGCUGCACUUCAACAGUGUGUGCCGGAACCUGAAGUCCAUUGUGGUGCAAGUGGGCAUUGUGGACUACUUCAAGGAGCCUCACAGCCCUGAAGCCAAGAAGAUGUUUGAAGAAAUGGUGAACAAACUCCAGGCCCUGAGGAAGAGACCUGGCUUCUCCAAGAUACUACACAUCAAAGUGGAAGAAGGCUGCUAG